CUUCAUUCCGCAGCAUACCUUUUUGUUACGUCUCUCGGUGGCCCGGCACUUAACCCUGCCUUCGAACGACUGGUUGCUAGUUAUAUACAGCUUGAGCGCCUAUCGUCGAGGACGAUCUGAUACUUCUCGAUGACCAUGAGUUCGCCAGAGUCAAUACCAGACACCAGUACCGCGGAGCAUUCCGCAGAAACCCAAACGCAAGCGCAACGUCGAACCACGUUCGACCACCCCGCUAGUCCAGACACCGAUUCCGCUGUUGCACGCCGCCGAGGCGCAAAACGUGAUACUACCGAAACUGUCCGCUCCAACGGAGCCGCGGACGGGAUUCCGGAGCAAAGCCGGAACAAGGGUCCCUUGUUAACCAGGAUCGCGACGGCGGUGUCGUUAGCGGCGAAACCUGAGAGGCCGGUAGGGGAGGCGCCAGGUUUCUGGCAAGGGCUCAGAGCCGUCGUGUUCGCUUCUUGGUUAAAUUUACUCCUCGUAUUUAUACCGAUAUCAUGGGCAUUCAACUUCGCGAAACCAGACUCACAUACCCUAAUCUUCGUCUUUUCGUUCCUUGCCAUUAUACCCCUUGCGAAGCUCUUGGCUUUCGCAACAGACGAGAUGUCUAUGCGCUUCGGUCAAACGAUCGCCGGUCUAAUGAACGCUACUCUUGGCAAUGCGGUCGAGCUUAUUGUAGCUAUUAUUGCCCUCACCAAAUGCCAGAUUCAAGUUGUGCAAGCGUCGCUUGUCGGCUCGAUUCUCAGUAACCUUCUCCUCGUGCUUGGGAUGUGCUUCUUCGCUGGCGGCACUCGCUUCUCAGAACAGGGGUUUGGCCUCGGUUCUUCGCAGAUCAACUCGUCCCUCUUGACGCUGAGCGUGAUAGCAGUAUUGUUACCUGCCGCUUUCGAUUUAUCGAUCCGUUCGAACGACACUCCCGACAGCAACGAGAAACAGGAUAUCCUGAACGUCAGCCAUGGAGUCGCCGUCAUCCUCUUGUUCAUCUAUGGCGCUUAUCUCGUCUUCCAGCUCUGGUCGCAUGUCCACUUGUACAACGAUGGCAAUGACGACGUGCGCACCUCGACGAGAUAUGUGAAUGUUCAUCGGCCGCAAUUCAUGCACAUGCCGCAUAGGCGAAAAAACGACUCGUCUAUCCCUCUGCAAGAGGCAGGUGCCGAUGCAACAGAUGUCGAGGCAGCGCCUGAUCACGAGGAAGUGGAAGAAGAGACGCCGCAGAUGAGCAUGCUCCUGAGCAUCGUUGUCCUGGCCAUUGUCACUGUUCUCGUAGCAGUGACAGCGGAAUGGCUGGUCGACUCCAUCGACGGUUUGACGGAGGGUGGCGGUAUCAGCAAGACCUUCGUGGGUCUUGUCUUGCUGCCGAUUGUGGGUAAUGCGGCAGAACACGUCACGGCCGUGACUGUCGCCGUCAAGGACAAACUUACUCUGAGUAUUGGCGUGGCUGUCGGCUCUAGUAUCCAAAUCGCUCUUUUCGUCAUUCCGUUCAUGAUCGUGCUUGCAUGGAUUCUCGGUAAACCACUCUCGCUUCUCUUUGACCCUUUCGAAUCCAUCGCCUUGUUCUUGGCCGUUAUCACCGUCAACUACGUGGUUGCCGACGGUAAAUCCAACUGGCUCGAAGGUCUCAUUCUCAUGUCGCUUUACCUCAUAUUGGCCGUCGCUUUCUGGUUUUACAUCCCUGCUACUGGGCUUACAUGCUAGCGCGGGCUUCCUUCUUCCAUGCGGGGUCGUCGUUCUUGUCUCGGUCGUCACACGUAACCAUUAUACCUAUGAAAAGAUCGCGUGUUUGCAGUCGGGCAACCUCAGGUCAUCGCCGCAUCGUCAGACCCCCCGCUUAUUUUCUCUAUCUCCACCGCAACGUACUUAUCGGCGUAUGGUAUCUAUAAUGUGCACGAUGAAAUCGGUCCGAAGUCGUUCCUCGGCGAUCCAGGAGCUCCGCCGUUCCGUCUGGCCUGGUGGCUGGGUCGCUUUCGAGUCCGAUACAAUCGCUUAUGUUGGCCUUGCUCCGACGCGUGAAGGGCACCGAAGGUUUAUGAGCGCGUUCGGACGGAGAUACAUCGCUCGAAUCGGGUUAAAUGACAGGAAGGCCCUUGCACGGAAGGUGCUUUGCCCGAUCGCGCGCGUUUGAAUAGAUCUGAUUUAUGGAUACACAUUGGUUGGAAGUACACGAUAAAUACUCCAGAUGUAUGGUAGUAUAGCCAAGAAAGUAUCCCAUCAAGCACAUGCAGGGGUGGUGGUCCGUGGCAGCAUGGGUGUUCAUAUGUAUUCAAAAUAGGCAUUACCCUCGCGGACCGAAAACCGCGAGGGAGCUAAUAAUAGCGGGGACAAUGCGCCAGUCUUGUUGCCCUUUCAAGUGCGGCUUGAAGACGGCUGUGGGACUCCUGCCAAGGAUGACGCCGCCGCCUGUUGACCGGUAUGAUACGGCGGCGCGUGGUGGUGGUGGUAGCCUUGGUCGUACAGAGAUCCAUCCGGAACCAUCGACAUGCCGUGGUAGUACGGGUCGGCGCCGUUCGGUGGCGGCGGCAGAUACGCGUGGUCUAUGUGAUGGGAGAGUGGGGGUGGGGACGGCGAUGGAUGGAGGCCGGGGUGGACGGACGUCAUGCGAGAAGAAGACGCGACCGACGGAGGCCGGGCGAGCGCGACGUCCUCUUCCUUCACGGCCUGGGCUGGCGUUUUCUUCCGGCGCACGGGCGCGACGCCGUCCUUUUUGGCACGGGAGCGUGCGUAGCGCAAUCCGCAUGCAUUGCAUAGGUCCUUCUUCCCGCUCGGCCCCUUGCGCCACUCUGGGCUCGAAGUCGCCUUGCAGCUGGAGCACCGUGGGAUGCCGGCCGGAGGGUUGCCUCCUCCGCGCGAGGGACCUCCGAACUGAUCCUUGGCCGAGCCGGGGCUCGUACGCCUGGGCACCGGCCGCGGAGGUGGUACUCCGUCUCCCUCGUUUGACGAUCCGCCGUCGGUACCGCCGCCGUCUGCAGCGUACGCAUAGUACGGGGAUGGGGCGCGGGGAUAGUCCGGUGACACGGCGGGCGCGUGGUCCAUGUAACCGCUCGUGGGGGACCAGGAAUGCGACGAUAGGGACGAGUACGAGCCCGAGUGGCGGAGCGAAUUUCCCGGUACGGACUGAGGCGGUAUUCCUGGGCCUUGCCACACGUAUUGGCCCGACGUGGGCGAAUUCGAGACGCGGGCCCAGCUCUGGGGAUGCGACUCGGGCGGGUAGGAGGCAUAUUGGGGCGAUGGGACGGGCGGGAAGUGAGCGCUCACGGGGCUAUAGUACUGCUGCGAACCCGACUGCAGGACGAGGUUUUGAGCGUCGUACGGGGUUUGCGACAUCGCAUGUGCGUCGCGGCUGGCUCUCCUGUGCACGUCGUUCACCUUGUGGCAGGCAAAUAUGAUGCAGCCAUAAGGGAUAAAUAUGCUCUCCACUUCGCCGCCCUCGUGCGGACCUGGCGGUAAAGUGUGCAGCGCCUUGUAUCGCCGCGUGCAACUCGUCUUCGCCUCCCGUCUGCUUGGCAGGCAGUUCCCGAUCUGCACGUCCAGGGCCAACUUGGCCAGCUCGCGGGACGAGCGCAGGUGAGGCUGUUCCGGGGGCCAGCUGGCGAGCAGCGUGCGGUCCGGGUCGUUCCAGAGCACCUGGAAUACCCUGCUCAUGUUCGUCGGCGCCUGGAUAUGCAUCGCCAGGCGCCGGUAGAGGUGCUCUGCUUGCUGCGGGGUGAAGGAGGGCGUGCCGCACCAGUUUGACCAGUCCGUCUUGAUCCCUUCGUCGUUGUCGAGCGGCGAGAGGUCGACGAUGGCGUGGACGAAGCAGAGCACGACGCCCUCCGCCGCCCAGUUGAUGACGAUGUCGACCGCGAGGUAGUCCGAGUCGACGGCGAUCUUGUGGCCCUGCGUCUGCGCCCAGGCGUCGGGCGGGCCCCUGUAGCCCAGUCGGCGGCGGAUGUAGGAUAGCCGCGAGAACCGUACGCGAGUGACGCUGCCGUGCAAAGUGCGGCUGUCGAGCACGCGCCCGAGGUCGUGCUCGGCGGAAGACUGUUCUUCGGGGUGGACAAAGGCCAGGAGGGGUUUGCCGACGAGUUGGUCGGCUUGCUCGCCGAGGUGGCUCUCG